AUGCCAAUAAAGCGCAGUAACACUGAGAGGGAUGCUGGAAGAGGAGGAACAGCCUCAUGUGUUCAGCGGUCACAGGCUUCGUCUCAAUCGACACAGCCACUCAAAUUCACCACGUCAGACUCUUGUGAUCGCAUCAAAGACGAGUUUCAGUUCCUGCAGGCACAAUAUCACAGUCUGAAGUUGGAAUGUGAUAAACUGGCGAGUGAGAAAUCUGAAAUGCAGCGUCAUUACAUAAUGUAUUAUGAGAUGUCAUACGGACUCAACAUGGAAAUGCACAAACAGGCGGAGAUUGUGAAGAGAUUGAAUGGAAUCUGUGCUCAGGUGUUGCCUUACCUGUCUCAAGAGCACCAGCAGCAGGUCCUGGGGGCGAUUGAGCGAGCCAAACAGGUCACCCCUCCUGAGAUGAACUCAAUUAUUCGGCAGCAGCUUCAGGUUCACCAGCUCUCUCAGCUUCAAGGUUUGGCGUUACCCAUGACCCAUCUGCCCCUGGGCUUGACUCCGCCCACCCUGCCCGCCGUCACCUCCAGCUCCGGCCUCCUGUCUCUGUCCAGCAUCCUCGCGUCUCACGCACACCUGGCCAAGGAGGACAAGAGCUCCCGCGACGGGGCCGAGGGCCACCGCGAGGACGACGCAGACAAAUCCAACUAGCCUUCAUAGAGACGCUUUGAUUCUGUGCAGAAAAAGAGGCAACUCCUGUCUCACCGGAUUGGGUCUGAUUCAAUCUCUCUCUCUGUUACUACAGCGAAUCUUUAUUCCGUAAUUCUGUUUGAUUCAUUUGCUUUUCUUUAGUGGUGUUUGCUAAGGCUCUGUUAAUAUUGCUCAUACUUGGGGUUAGUGAUUUGAACAAACCCCUAUCCCCAAGUAUUGAACUUCAGCAUGUAACAAGGUCCUUAUCCAGAGACCUGAAUAUAAUAGAGACUUGAUGAUGCACUCUUAUGAGUCACCCAGAAUGCCUGGCAAUGCUCUCGCAACAACCUAGUAACUGCAUGCUUGUCCUCUCAAGCGCCUCAAACAUAACCACUCAGAACAGUUUAGAAAGCACACAGCAACAGCCUCCAGCAGUCAAUUCCUCUGAUACCUACUAGUCGAUAUAUUUCAUCAUAUUCUAUUCUGGGCGUGUCUCGUUAAGAGUUUUAACACUCUAGUAACCCUUUCACAGGAAUUAAUUCACGUGUUUUACAUAAAAAGACGACUCUGUCUAUAUUGCCCUCAGAAAGGUAUAAAUGCCUUACGAAGGCCUUACCGUGUGUGUGUGUGUAGGACAGUGACAGGCCUGAAAACAGUUUUGACAAAAACAAAGAAAUGUUCCUAGUGCAGACCCACACGCUCAUGUCAUGGUUUGUUUUUCUGUUUGCAGUGAAUGUGUUUCCAUGUGUGACCAGCAGAUGGCAGCCAGUGAGUGUGUGUUGAAUGAUUUGUGCAGCUGGAAUAGGAUAUUUGAAUUGGCAUACUAUAUCAUACUACUACUACAGCAGUGGUUCUCAGUAGAUUUCAGUCUUGAACCUUGAUUUGAUGUGUUUUUAGCGUUUUCGUUGAUACUAAAGUUCAGUUACUAUUAAUGACUAAAAUGAUGUUAUUAGUGACUAAAAAGGUGAUUUAGUCAAUCAAGAUGACUAAAAAGCAUUUAAAUGUAAUUAU